GCGCGUCGUCAUCGGGAAGGGCCGGAAGCGCGGCGGGAGCGAGUGUGGGCGCCGGCGGAGAGCUGAGCGGGGAACGCGGGGCGCGCCGGAGAGCCGAUGCGAGCCCCGACCCGGCGCUGCCGCGUCCCGCUUGCGUGAAGAAAUGACUACUCAGUACAGUAUUCUCUUUAAGCAAGAACAAGCCCAUGAUGAUGCCAUCUGGUCAGUUGCUUGGGGGAAAAAUAGAAAUGAUGGCUCAGAGACCGUAAUCUCAGGAUCUCUGGAUGACUUGGUGAAAGUCUGGAAAUGGAAUGAGGAAAAGCUAGACCUCAAGUGGACUUUAGAAGGUCAUCAGCUGGGUGUGGUGUCUGUGGAUAUUAGUCACACUGGUACUGUUGCAGCAUCCAGUUCUUUAGAUGCUCAUAUACGAAUCUGGGACUUAGACACAGGCAAACAGAUCAAGUCAAUAGAUGCAGGGCCAGUUGAUGCCUGGUCACUGGCUUUUUCACCAGAUUCUCAGUAUGUUGCAACAGGAAGUCACAUAGGGAAAGUCAACAUUUUUGGUGUUGAGACUGGCAAAAAAGAGUAUUCUCUGGACACUAGAGGCAAAUUCAUCCUGAGUAUUGCAUAUAGCCCAGAUGGAAAGUAUCUAGCCAGCGGAGCUAUAGAUGGCAUUAUCAACAUUUUUGACAUUGCGACGGGAAAACUUCUCCACACGUUGGAAGGCCAUGCCAUGCCUAUCCGGUCCUUGACAUUUUCCCCGGACUCCCAGCUGCUUGUCACGGCUUCUGAUGAUGGCUAUAUCAAGAUCUAUGACGUACAGCAUGCAAACCUGGCCGGCACCCUCAGCGGCCAUGCGUCUUGGGUGUUAAACGUAGCAUUUUGCCCCGACGACACCCAUUUCGUUUCCAGUUCAUCAGACAAAACUGUGAAAGUUUGGGAUGUGCCUUCGAGGACUUGUGCUCACACCUUCUUUGAUCAUCAAGACCAGGUCUGGGGUGUGCAAUACAAUGGAAAUGGGUCAAAAAUUGUCUCAGUAGGUGAUGACCAAGAAAUCCAUAUUUAUGACUGUCCCAUUUAAAUGCUUCUCCUUCAGCGUGCUUUGCUUUGGAAGGCUAUGCGCGUAGCUUGUCACGAAAGGUUUCUACACUUUGAUAUUAGUUUUGUGUCAGGAGGUCUUCAGGCUUUGACAAAACAGAAUCAUCGAAUGGUACCUUCGUUUAUAUAUAUUCUGCCAUUUUAUGUUUCUAGAUGUGUGUUUUAAAAUGGAAUAAAUUACUUUGGCAGUAGA